UAAUAACAAUAAUAAUAAUAACAACUCCAACAACAAUCAUAACAAUAAUAAUACCAAUCGUGUAAAUAAUAACCAAAGAACCAACAGAUUCAGUAAUACUACUCCUUCACCCCAGACUACAGAACAAGUUCAAGCAAAGAGAUAUGAAGAAUUAAGAAAAACAUUAAGACAAAAAGAAAAGGAAACUCAACAAUUCAAUGCUCCUACCAAAACCAAAUCACAACAACCAGCUUUCAAAACCAAGGCCAAGAAAGCCCCUGUUGAACCAGUCAAGAUUCAAUUACCUCCAUUUAUAACUGUUUCUAAUUUAGCUUCUGUCAUGCAUGUUCCUCUUAAUGAUGUAUUUAAAAAAUUGGAAGGGUUAGGAUUUGAAGAUAUAAGGCAUAAUUAUAUUUUAGAGAAGGAUAAUGCAUCGUUAAUUGCUGAUGAAUUUGGAUUUGAAGUCACUAUUAAUGAAGAUUAUAAAGAUGAUUUAUUUCCUGAUGUUGAAAAUGAAAAAUUAUUAAAGGAAAGACCACCAGUAGUGACUAUCAUGGGUCAUGUUGAUCAUGGUAAAACCACCAUUUUAGAUUAUUUAAGAAAAUCAUCAAUUGUAGAUCAAGAAUUCGGUGGUAUAACUCAACAUAUUGGUGCCUUUUCAGUCAUAACACCUAUUUCGAAAAAGAAAAUUACCUUUUUGGAUACUCCAGGUCAUGCUGCAUUUUUAAAAAUGAGAGAGAGAGGAGCCAUCAUUACCGAUAUUGUUAUCUUAGUAGUUGCUGCUGAUGAUUCAGUUAUGCCUCAAACUAUUGAAGCUAUAAAACAUGCUAAAAAAUCAGGGGUACCAAUCAUUGUUGCAAUCAAUAAAUGUGAUAAACAUGGAGUUAAAAUUGAAAAAGUUUUAAGUGAUCUUUCAGCUCAAGAUAUUGAUAUUGAAGAUUAUGGUGGUGAAACUCAAACUGUAAAAAUUUCAGGUAAGACUGGUUUAAAUAUGGAUAAAUUAGAAGAAGCAGUUAUAACUUUAAGUGAAAUGAGUGAUUUUAAGGCUGAACCAACUGGUAUUCGUGCUGAUGGUUGGGUUAUUGAAUCUGAAAUGAUAAAAGGCAUGGGUAAUGUUGCCACGGUAUUAGUUCGUCGUGGUUCUGUCAAAGCAGGUGAUUUCUUAGUAGCUGGCCAUACUUAUUGUAAAGUGAGAGGUAUGAAAGAUGAACAUGGAAAACCAAUUAAAAUUGCUGGUCCUUCAACUCCAGUUCAAAUUUGGGGUUGGAAAGAUUUACCUGAAAGCGGUGAUCAAUUAAUCCAAGCUAGUAAUGAACAAACUUGUAAAAGAGUUACUGAAAAUAGAAUCACGAGACAAAAGGAAAUCCAAGCUAGUAGAGAUAUUGAAUCAAUUAAUCAAAAGAGACAAGAUGAAAUCGAAGAAAGUAAAAGAUUGGAUAAGAUCAAUGAUUUGAAAUUAGCAGGUCUUGAUGCUAGUGUUUUUCUUGGUGAAGAUAAAACCCAAGUUCAAGCUGUUAAUGUUAAAUAUAUGAUUAAAUCAGAUGUAUUUGGUUCGGCAGAAGCUAUUAAAGAAAGUAUCGAUGGAUUAGGUAAUGAAGAAGUAAAAUCAACUGUUAUUUCUCAUGGAGCUGGCGCACCAACUGAAUCAGAUCUUGAUAUAGCAGCCACAUUAGAUGCUACUAUCUUCUGUUUCAACGUUAAAGUUCCUAAAUUGAUCGCUGCCAGAGCUGAUAGAGAAGGAAUUAAAAUCAAAGAACAUAAUAUCAUUUAUAGAUUAAUUGAAGAUGUUACUGAAGAAUUACAAUCUCAUUUAAAACCAAGAAUUGAAGUGAAAACAUUAGCUGAAGUUGAAGUUAAAGAAGUGUUUGUGGUUACGCUUAGAAAAUCAAAAACUAAGAUUGCUGGUUGUAAAGUUUCCAAUGGUAAUUUAAAGAGAACUGCUAAAGUUAAAGUAUUAAGAAAGAAGGAAGUGAUCUUUGAUGGAUUAUUAUCGUCUUUAAAACAUGUUAAAGAUGAUAUUUCAGAAGCCAGAAAAGGUAAUGAAUGUGGUAUUUCAUUCGAUAAAUGGGAUAAAUUCGAAGCAGGUGAUAUUAUCCAAGCAUAUGAAGAAGUUGAACAUAAAAGAUUCUUGUAAAUAAACUAAUGUAUUUAUUAUAGACUUGUACAUAUUAAAUAAAAAUAAAAAUCUCGCAUACAAAAAAAAAAUUUAAACUUGAAAUAAAUUUUGAAAGCAGC